UUGUGUUUAAAUCUCUUAACGUUAAUAUAUUGAUAGAAGUUUAAAUGGCAAUUUUUAUCCUUAUUUUGUGUUGCCUUAGUGCAGUUCUUGGGGCUAUUUAUAUAUAUUUAUCUUGGAAUUUUAAUUUCUGGAAGAAACGCGGAGUAGCAGGUCCUGAACCAAAAUUGAUUUUAGGAACUAUUCCUUGCAUUAUCAAAAAGAAUCGUAAUUUAGCCUUUGAAUUACAAGACUUAUAUGAAAAAUACAAGAAAACUGGAGAAAGAUUUAUUGGAGUUUUUAUGACAAGAAAUCCUCAAAUCUUGGUCAUUGAUCCGCUAUUAGCUCGUGAAGUAAUGGUAACAAACUUUAAAUGCUUCCGUGGUAAUGAGCAAACUCUAUGGGUAAAUAGAAAGUUAGAAGAGGUAUCUACCAUGAAUCCGUUCAUGAAUUCUGGUUCAAUUUGGAAGGAAUUAAGAAGUGAUGUUAUUGGAGGACUUAGUCCCCAAAGGAUUAAACAAGCUUAUCCUAUUGCGCUGGAAAUCUGUAAGAAGCUGACUAACUACGUUAAGGCUCAUUCUCAAAAAUCGGACGGUAAAAUUGAAGUCAAAAGUCUUUGCUACAAAUACACCAUUGAAAUCAUAUCUGACUUUGUUUGGGGUGUGAAUGCCGAUGCUUUGAACAUAGACGAACCCCCAAAUCAAAUGUUGAAGAUGGCUAGAAAAUUGGUUGAUGACUCCUUUAUGAAAAUUGGACUUCAUUAUUUGUGGGGUCUAGCACCACCAAUCUUUCGAACCCUCUUUGCUGGUCGGUUUUAUCCAAUAGAAACCGACAAUUUCUACACUAAAGUCCAAAAAGAUGCUGUAGAAAUGAGACUACGCAAUAAGACGGAUCGUUCGGAUUUCCUCAACUAUUUGAUUCAACUGCAGGAAAAGAAGUUCAUAAGUCAUAUGAAUAUGGUUGGACAUAGUGCGACGGUUUUACUUGAUGGUUUCGAAACAGCAGCCACCGUGAUGGCUCAUACUUUGUAUUUCUUGGCCAAUAAUCAGACAUCUCAGAAUAAGCUUAGGGAAGAAAUAAUGGCUAAUUUGGAUAAAAAUGGAUGUAUCAGCUAUGAUGUUUUGGUAGAACUUCCAUAUUUGGAACAGUGUAUCAAUGAAACACUUCGGUUGAUAACUCUAAUUUCCGUUGCAACAAGAAUAUGCAGUGAAGAGACAACUUUGGAAAAUAGAAAAGGCCACAAAGUAAAAAUUGAACCAGGAAUGGUUGUUCACAUUCCCACGUAUUCGUUCCACAAUGAUCCGGAAGUAUAUCCCAAACCAGGAGACUAUACUCCUGAACGUUUUGAUAAUGGACGAGCAAAAGAACUAAAUCAGAAAGGACACUUCUUUCCAUUUGGUGAUGGGCCUAGAAUUUGUGCCGGAAUGAAACUUGGACAAUUGGAAGCUAAGGCUGGUAUUGUUGAAAUAUUGAAAAAUUUCUAUGUUAAGAAAGCGGAUAAUUAUGAGCGAUUUAUUGAUCCAGCAUCAUUUCUUCUUGGUUUGUGUGGUGAUAUAUUUUUAGAAUUCGAAAGUAUUCAAAAGUGAAAGGACAGUAUUUAAAAAUUGUACAAUUGUGUAAAUAAAUUGAGGUAUUAUUCUA